GCCGCAGGCGUGGUUGAGGAUAGCAGUGUUCGAUACACGAAUCGGGUUCUCAGUAGGUCUAGGUCCAACAGCCAACAGGUAAGUCCAAACAGUCCAGGUCAUACACGGUAAAUCCAGCCGAUAUAUAGUCACUUUUCUCUUUUUCCGUGGUUCACAGAUUUUCUCUCCCUCUCUCUCUCCCUCUCUCCCUCUCUCUCCCCCUCCCUCUCCCCCUCCCUCCCCCUCCCUCUCCCCCUCCCUCCCCCUCCCUCUCCCCCUCCCUCCCCCUCCCCCUCCCCCUCCCCCUCCCCUCCCCUCCCCUCCCUCUCCCUCCCUCUCCCCCUCCCUCCCCCUCCCUCUCCCUCCCCCUCUCCCUCCCUCCCUCUCCCUCCCCCUCCCUCUCCCUCCCUCCCUCCCCCCUUAUAUGUGGGUCGGCCCCACCUUGCUUCUGGGGAUUGUAGUUUUUGGCAGUCGGCCAUUUUGUGAUCAGUAGUUGGCCAUUUUAGUGAGAGGGCAGAGCCCGUUUAUUAGUUCUGCCCUCACAUAUCUGCCAUUAACACUCUGCCCCCUUCUUUGCCACACAUCUCCCCCCCUAGCUUCGACCCCCUAGGUCAGGUUACCUCAGCAAAAUAGGCAUGCAUGCGGGAUAACCCAUCCACAUUUCCUUCCCUGCUCUGUGUUUUAAGUAAAAUUGAAACGGUUGGAGACUCAAAAACCACUGCAUCACCCGAGCGUUCUUCUCUUUAGCUCUAUGCUACCAGGUGAGUGGGGCAUGGUCACUGAUGAGGGUGAAGUGGCGCCCUAGCAGUUAAUAUUUCAGGCUUUCUAGAGCCCACUUUACUGCCAGCGCCUCUUUCUCAACGACUUAGUAAUUGGCCUCCCGUGGUUCCAGCUUCCUGCUUAAAAACAGGAUGGGGUGUUCCACCCCUUCUACCUCUUGGGAGAGCACGGCUACCAACCCGACCUCUGAGGCACCGUCUGAACCACGAACUCACGCUCAAAGUCUGGUACCACCAGCACUGGAUUACAGCAGAGAGCGUCCUGUAAUGUUCUAAAUGCUUUGGUGGACUUUUCAUCCCAUUUUACCAUGUUUGGCUCUCUGGCUCUAGUCAUGUCGGUGAGUGGGGCGGCCACUGUAGCAUAAUUUGGGAUGAACUUCCGGUAGUAACCUGUCAACCCUAGGAAGGCUCAAACCUGCUUCUUAUUUACUGGUUUCGGCCAUCCUCUAAUUGCCUCAACCUUCUUAAGUUGGGGUUUGAUUAACCGUCUUCCCACGGUGUAUGCCAGAUACUCGGUUUCCUCUAACCCCACAUAACACUUGGCAGGGUUCGCCAUGAGCCCUGCCUUCCUAAGGGCGUUUAGCGCUGCCUGUACCCGGGGUAAGUGGAAUUCCCAAUCUGGGCUGUAGAUCUCCACGUCAUCUAAAUAGGCUGCGGCAUAAGCUCGGUGCGGUUUUAGGACCUGGUCCAUUAGUCGUUGAAAGGUGGCUGGGGCCCCAUGUAAGCCGAAUGACAUGACGGUGUAUUGAAACAAACCGUCAGGGGUUGCGAAGGCUCUCUUUCCUUUGGCUCUGGGGGUCAGGGGAAUUUACCAGUAACCUUUGGCUAGGUCCAGGGUUCAUAAUGUAACGAGCUUUACCAACUUUCUCCAAUAGUUCAUCUACUCGGGGCAUGGGGUAGGCAUCAAACUUGGAGAUUUAAUUUACCUUCCGAAAAUCAUUACAAAACCACAAAGACCCAUCGGGCUUGGAGACCAUCACAAUUGGGCUAGACCACUCACUAUGUGACUCUUCGACCACUCCAGCUGCCAACAUUUUCUCAGUCUCCGCUCUAGUCGGGCUCGUCGAGCCUCGGGUACCCGAUAUGGCCUCAUGCUCACUUUUUUCCCUGGUAGGGAAACAAUAUCAUGAGCCGUAACCUCAGUUCGUACUGGUAUCCCUGAAAACACAUCUGUUUCUCUGGAUCAGGGUCUUUACUUCCUGUACUUGUGUUGGGGACAGAGUUGGUGAAACUUGCACGUUGGCUGCCCCCUGAGUGGGUGUGGGGUAAGUGACAAUUAGUGUUUCUCUCUCUCUCCAUGCUUUUAACAGGUUUAUGUGAUAGAUCUGUUCUGGGGUCCGACGACCUGGCUGUCGGAUCCGAUAAUUAACUUAUCCUAUUUUCUCCAGCACUUCAUACUGUCCUUUCCAUAUGGCUAGUAGUUUACACUCUACCGUGGGGACCAGCACUAACAUCUUAUCUCCCGGUUGAAAUUCCCUCAGGGUAUCCUUCCGGUUAUAAGUGUGCAGCUGGUGCUCUUGUGCUUGCCUCAUGUGCUCUCUGACGAUGGCCGUGACUUUGUCUAUCCUGUCUUGCAUUGUCGUGACGUGCUCUAUAACACUAGUAUAAGGAGAGGCCUGGUGCUCCCAGGUUUCCCGGGCGAUGUGUAAGAUUCCCCGGGGGUGCCUCCCAUAUACUAGCUCAAAGGGUGAAAACCCCAGCGAGGCUUGGGGAACCUCUCUAAUGGCAAACAUCAGAUAUGGCAACAUGAAAUCCCAGUUUUUACCAUCCUUAUUGAUUACCUUUGUGAGCAUUGACUUCAGGGUGCGGUUGAAUCUCUCAACCAUCCCGUCCGUCUAAGGAUGGUAAACCAAGGUCCUCAACUGUUUCAACUGCCACAACUUACAAAGGUCCGCCAUAAGGUGGGACAUAAAGGGGGUCCCCUGAUCAGUAAGGAUCUCCUUUGGAAUCCCUACCUUGGUGAACAGGAGCACUAACUCCUUGGCAAUAUUUUUGAAUGCCAUCGUCCGAAGGGGAAUGGCUUCUGGGUAGCGAGUGGCAUAAUCUACCCAGUAUUAUAUCAUACGGCAUCUUCUUUAAUAGAACAGUAGGUCGCAAUACAGUGAGGGGAAAAAAGUAUUUCAUCCCCUGCUGAUUUUGUACGUUUGCCCAAUGACAAAGAAAUGAUCAGUCUAUAAUUUUAAUGGUAGGUUUAUUUGAACAGUGAGAGACAGAAUAACAACAAAAAAAUCCAGAAAAACAUGUCAAAAAUGUUAUAACUUUAUUUGCAUUUUAAUUAGGGAAAUAAGUCCCGGUUUUUGGCUUUUGCCGGAGUGUCUCGCCCCCAGUCUGGUUCUUUCCCCCUCCCAAUGCUGGAACAGUCAUACCCGGUCCGCUGGUUCACCUGGGCUUGGGAAAUUGGGAUUUUUCCUCCUGUGCCUGCUCAGAAGUUCCUGCCAUACAAUAUCGUUCAACCAAGGCCACGAGAUGGUCGGCGGAAAGUACUUAGUUCUGGCCAACCCAUCGUCGAACUUCUCGGGGUAGACCUCGCUGAAACUGGUUGAGUACGAUGGUCUCGACGACCUCGGCGGAUGAACGGGUCUCUGGUCGCAACCAUUUCCGUGCCAGGUGAAUCAAGUGAGAGGGUUGUCCAAGUCUGUAGGCCCACUGGUGGAAGCGAUGUGCCCUCACGGUAUUGGUCACUCCCAGUCUAGUCAGAAUCUCUCCCUUUAGUUUAUCAUGGUUCUGUGCAUCUAUCAACUCCAGGUCAUCCUGAUGCAUUCGUAUCGCAUCCCGAUGAGCUAUUUGUUGAGCUCUAGUUGCCUCUUGUUGGGCUGCCACUGCUUGUAACAGUGCCUGUAUGGCUCUUUCCAUACUAAUUGUCCCUGAGCAAACUGAACGAAACAAACAAAACCACAAAAAACCUGACUACCCUUCCGAGUGCUAACUGAACAAAAAAAAUAUAUAUAUGAAAUGUACAUUUACAUUUACAUUUACAUUUACGUCAUUUAGCAGACGCUCUUAUCCAGAGCGACUUACAAAUUGGUGCAUUCACCCUAUAACCAGUGGGAUAACCACUUUACAUUUUUUUAUUUUUUUUUUAAGAGGGGGGGGGGGGGGGGGGGGGGGGGUAGAAGGAUUACUUUAUCCUAUCCCAGGUAUUCCUUAAAGAGGUGGGGUUUCAAAUGUCUCCGGAAGGUGGUGAGUGACUCCGCUGUCCUGGCGUCGUGAGGGAGCUUGUUCCACCAUUGGGGUGCCAGAGCAGCGAACAGUUUUGACUGGGCUGAGCGGGAACUAUGCUUCCGCAGAGGAAGGGGAGCCAGCAGGCCAGAGGUGGAUGAACGCAAUGCCCUCGUUUGGGUGUAGGGACUGAUCAGAGCCUGAAGGUACGGAGGUGCCGUUCCCCUCACAGCUUCAUAGGCAAGCACCAUGGUCUUGUAACAGAUGCGAGUGCCUGGAUUAGGACCUGUGCCGCUUCCUGUGUAAGGCAGGGUCGUACUCUCCGAAUGUUGUAGAGCAUGUACCUUACUAGCGGUAUGGCUAGUCCAUUUAUCCGGUUCAAACGACAAUGUGCCCGCAUUCUCCACCACGUGUGACAAUCCUCUUCAAGGUUAGGAGAGUUUGUAUACAAAUUCAGCGGGAGACCGUCACCUAAAUCACCCCAGAGAGAGUUAUUUCGAACAGGACAGUACCUGUACGUUGGUUUCUCCGUCCUGGUCCGCCCAGGCCGCAAGCGUGGUCGAGGAUAGCAGUGUUCGAUACACAAAUCGGGUUCUAGGUAGGUCCAGGUCCAACAGCCAACAGGUAAAUCCAAACAGUCUAGGUCAUACACGUAAAUCCAGCCGAUAUAUAUUGUCACUUUUCUCUUUUUCCGUUGUUCACAGAUCCACAGCCCCUUGCUCUCUCUCUCUCUUCCUGGUUUGUCUUAACCCCUUAUAUGUGGGUCGGCCCCACCUUGCGAGCGUUCCCCUUGCUUCUGGGGAUUGUCGUUUUUGGCGGUCUGCCAUUUUGUGAUCUGUAGUUCUUGUUGGGGUAGCCAUUUUAGUGAGAGGGCAGAGCCCGUUUAUUAGUUUUGCCCUCACAUAUCUGCCAUUUAACACUCUGCCCCCUUCGUUGCCACACAUAAACGGAGCUAGUAGUUGUGAUUGUUUAGAGGGGUAAUCCACACUAAAUCCCUGUGCAUACAUGUUCACACUGAUAUAAACAUGACAACCACUGAGUCUGCCUUGUUAGAAUCACACAAAACAACACCAUUGUGUACACAUAGUAGUUGUGGGGGGUUAACUAACUGCCUUGCUCAAUGGCAGAACAAUAGAUCUUUCGCCUUGUCAGUGCGGGGAUUCGAACUGGCAACCUUCCAGUUACUGGCCAAACACGCUAACCACCAAGACAUCUGCCACCCCAUCACCCUCAAAACACUGUAAAAACAGACACUGAAUAGCAAAUAGUGGAAAUGGCACCCUAUUCCCUACACAGUGUACUACUUUUGACCAGGGCCCAUAGACCUUUAUAUAGGGAACAGGGUGCCAUUUGGGACAUAGAAGGAUUCUGCUUGUGACCAAUAGCCUGUCUUUGGCACUGUCUCUAGCCAGUCUUUGGCACUUUCUCUAGCCUGUCUUUGGCACUGUCUCUAGCCAGUCUUUGGCACUUUCUCUAGCCUGUCUUUGGCACUGUCUCUAGCCUGUUGUUGGCACUGCCUCUAGCCUGUCUUUGGGACUGUCUCUAGCCUGUCUUUGGCACUGCCUCUAGCCUGUCUGGCACUGUCUCUAGCCUGUUGUUGGCACUGUCUCUAGCCUGUCUUUGGGACUGUCUCUAGUCUGUCUUUGGUACUGUCUCUAGCCUGUCUUUGGUACUGUCUCUAGCCUGUCUUUGGUACUGUCUCUAGCCUGUCUUUGGUACUGUCUCUAGCCUGUCUUUGUCACUGCUUGUCACGUCCACCCCAUUACUACAUCUACUGCAUGAUGGGCCAUGAGAAUAAACAUUACUUUUUAAUGACACUAGCAAUAUGAGUGCACUAGGGCUGCAGACACUUUUUACUGGGAGACGUUUUAUUAGUUUAAUAAAAAAUUUACAACAGUGAUCAUCUAUCAUCCAGCCUACUUUACAAUGUAAUAAGCAUGAUACGACAGGUGACAACUGUCAAGCACUUCUGUAAGAGAUAAUAUCACUUGAUGACCAGCUAUAUGACUGUCAUAUUGUAUGUAGUGAUGCACUAGGGCUAGUGAGAACGGUUUCCAGACAACCUGAGUUGCUGUGUGUGUCAAAGCCGUGUUAGAUGACUUGUCCGGAGUUACGUCUUUUGAUAUGAUAGCUUAUUCUGUCUGCAGCACCAAGUCACUCAUGAUGGGAGGAUUUAUCUUAACACAAACCAGGGUCAACUACAUUUCAACUCCAUUGAUUCACAAAAUUAAUUUAAAUUGAAUUAAUUUAUUUAAUAAUCUGAUUUGAAAAGAAAGGGUGCUUUGCAGUCAAAUUGAUUUUCAAUUUCUCACCUGAAUUGACUGAAUUGAAAUGGAAUCAAUCCCAGCCCUUCAAGAAAGAGUUUAAAUCAAGUAUGACCGUCUGUUUUACAAUGACUAGAGGGUUUGAAGCAUGUGGGAGUCGUCUGAGUCUGUUAGAGCUGAACCUCUAGUCCUCUGGUCACGGAGGCUUGGCUUGCUAUGAAAUCAUUCAACCCGCUAUGUGAUUCAACCAGCAUGCACCACUGUCUGUUUGUCUGUUUGCCUACUUCAGUCUACUGCUCUAAAAAUACCAGAACACACGGGGACAAAGAGAAAGUGAGAGAAACAGAGAGACAGACAGAGAAAUUAGAGCGGUUGAGUGAGAAAGUGAGGAAGUGUUAGGGUGACUGAGUGACUAAAGAUGAUGGCAGCAGCUGCGGUCUUGGAUAUUCCCCAUCAGUGUGUGUGUGUGUGUGUGUGUGUGUGUGUGUGUGUGAGAGAUUCUGAGGAGCAUGCUAAAUAUAGUGUGUAUUACAUACAGGGCGGUGAAGGGCCUCCCUCAGGCUUCAGACUCUCCUGUCUCUGUACACAGCCUCAGUUUGUACCAACUGCUGUUGUUGACAGAGCGCUGGUCAAACACACACACACACCACACCACACAAAACACACAUCAUACCACAACACACACCCCACACACACACACACACACAAGGUGUGGUAUGGACCAGUUGCAUACAGGCUGGUGUCAAUGCUGAGUAGAUAUAGCCUAAAAUCAUUUAACCAUCUGCUUCCCAAUAAUUAUUUCUGACCAACAUUCCCAUCUCCCCUCAGGCUGUGUCUGUCUAAUCUAUAUUGGUUGGUGCUGUGUACAAUUCACUCCCACUCCUGUUUGACAAGAAACCUCCAUCAUGUCCUGACAAUAAUUGGUUUGUAAUGAUAAUGGUUUUGUAUCACAACCUUAUUCCCAUGUCAAAAUCAUUUUCCUGAUUACAUUUCUCAGACACCUGACACUUUCUCAUAGGCAUUCAGAGUUGAUUUUCAUUACGCUACAUCAGCAUCUCAGUAUCAAUCACUGAUAGAGGGAUGGGUGGAGGAGCUGGAAGGGUAUGCUCUUUUUGGUCAUUUCUCUAGCUAUCAAAUGUCACUCCACCCAUCCCUCUAUCAGUGAUUGAUAUUGAGAUGCUGAUGUACCGUAACGAAAAUCAACUCUGUCCAUUACUGAUCUGAGAGACGGUCACACACACACAGAAACACACACACACACACAGACACACACACACACAGACACACACACACACACACACACACACAGAAACACACACACACACACACACACACACACACACACACACACACACAGAAACACACACACACCCACAGACACAGACACACACAGAAACACACUCACACACACUGCCCUUGCUCUAAACAACAGAUCAAAAUGAGCGUGGGAAAGAGCCACCUUGUUAGAAUUGUACAGAUACAGCUGGAACAUUGAGUAUUCCAGAUUGAUCAAGUACAAUGCUGACCUUGUGGAGAAAGGGUAAAGCCUCAGUCUCCUGACUGCACUGGGGACUGGCUUCAUUUAUAGUAAAUAUUGCAGUAGUAAUGUCUGUCAACAAUUUUUUAAAGGAUGGGUGGUAGUCAUGGUUUUAAAGGGGGGUAGGGGUGUAUUUCCAGGAGUGACGAUUUCUGAAUGAGUGUGAUGUUCUCUGGCAUUGGGUUUAGUUGUGGCUAGAUUGGAUACAUGAAUGCGUAAUGCGCUGUUGCUUUUGCUGCUGCUGCUAUAUGAAUUAGCUACAUCACUGCACACACACAAACGCACACAAACAUAUACACACUCACGCAUGCACACACACACACACACACACACUGUAUGAAAACACACUAGACUAGAGCUAUUGUAAUUCAUUUGUGGAGAAGUCUAGGCAUCUGCACUAUGGUUGACUCGGUUGACUUACAAUUCUUAGAAAGAUAGAGGACACUGAUUACUGUAGCAAUCAGAACAUUAUGUUCCAGCCCAUUUAAAUGUUAUUAAUUACAACCAAUUAAUUAUUAUAUUAUAUAUAAUUCGAUUUGAAAUUAAAUUAUGGAAUAGCAUCAUGGUAACCUUUUAAUUUGUACUUCGCAUGUAUUAGUGAUUAACUUUUGCGUAAAAUCGUUUUUUUUUGUCUCAGGCUAUCUUCGAUAUUUGGAAAAGGCCUAUUGAUAAACGAAAACUCAAGGAAUCUGUGGUUUGAGCGCCUAUUGCUGUUGAAAUAUAGGCUAUGGUGAACUGGAUUUUGUGUCAGAUUAGCGAAAAUAACAAUGCAGUAAAAAUAUCAUACAAGUACAAAAAUAAUAACAAACAACUAGAAAAAACAAAAUCACGAAUGUCAGGAAGAAUCCAGUUAACAAACCAAAACACUGAUUUUGUGUAUAGUUUUUUGCGUAUUUGGUCAUUUCAUUUAGUUUUAUGAAAUAACGUAAAUAUAGAUGGCCCGGCUCCUCACCUUUCUGUUUGACAUGUUGCGGUUUGAGCACCACGGACGCGUUUCCACAGGUGGUGAUGUUUGUGAGUUCCAGACUGACGUUCGUUGUUCCGAUUGACCCAGCGCCUUGCGCUCCCACACACUCCAAGAAUGGUGAGGUGUCGUUCAGGGUUUGUAAAUCCAUCUUGAUGGUUAAAGAAAAAUGUCAAAAGUGCACAUUAUAUUCUUGCUAUGUGCGAGCAUCUGCUGUGGUCAAAUGACUGCGUUCAUAGAAAUCCCCCAAAAUAUUUUUAAGUAGCCUAAAUCUUUCCCAAAAAUUAUCCAACCAAAUGAUUGCUUAGUUUGUCUGUAUAAUUUUCCUGCUUAACCCAUUUACUGGGUAUCCUUGAAGUUUCCAGUUGCCAGUGUUCACCCCGGAGUUGAGAGGAUCUCUGCUUUGCGUUGGGUACGGGGAUCCCGCCGUGCCGCUGCGCCUCGCCCGUGACUGCGGCUCGGACUGCAGCCGUGAGGUUAUGGGGGACAGCUGAAUGCGUGGGAAGGAGGGGGGAGCGGCAUUGCCGCUGGAAGUAGUUUGGGGGUGGGGUGCUGAAGAAAAAUUGCCCGCACUGAAGAUGUCUAUAUUGGUAGCUAAUACAGGACUAGUAAAGACCCAGUGCACUACCUUUGUGAAAAAAAAAAAAAAAAAUGUAUUUGAGUGUUUACCAGCAUUUGUGACUUGAGUCUGAUAAUUAUCUGUACAAAACAGUUAAUCUGAUAAUAAGUGUGGAAUAUAAAAAUACUUGCUUGAUACAGUAUAUGUUUUCCAGUUUCUUGAAAUACUUUGCAAAUGCAACUUAUUUCUAUGUGAAAACUGAAAUGGUCUAUUCAUUCCUUUUCCAUAGACACUCUUAUACAGAGUAACCUAUAGUAGUGAGUGCAUAUAUUUUCAUACUUUUUCCCCAUGGGAAUCGAACCCACAACCCUAGCAUUGCAAAUGCCAUACUCUACCAACUAAGCCACAUCAUCACAAACCACUUGACGUAUCAAUGUACUCAAUUACUGUAUUGUGCAUAGUUUUUCUUAAUGGUGAUGGAAAGUCUACAGGUACAAACCUAGAUGACCAGCCUAUGUACAAUAUAGUAAUGUACAUUUGUGGUUUGUAAGGAUGGUAAAUUAAUACUGCACAAAAAGUGGUUGUAUUCCAUGUUAUUGAAUCCUGCAAGAAACUGUUCUUAAUUAUACAACUACCUUUUUUGCCAAAGCAGAGAUGCUGACGAAAAGUUUUUGCCUGCGCUACCUGACGUCUAUAUCGGUCGCUAAUACAAGUAAAGGCCCAGUGCACUACUUUUCUGAUAAAAAAAAUAACAAUGAAUAUAUAUUUUAUUAUUCUGAUUUUUCAGGGGGUGCUGCAGCACCCUCAGCACCCCGACUUCCUGCGGCUAUAGGAGGAGUGGGAGAUUGGUAUUUGGUAUUUGGUAUUUUAUUAGGAUCCCCAUUAGCUGUUGCAAAAGCAGCAGCUACUCUUCCUGGGGUCCACACAAAACAUGAAACAUUACAUAAUACAGAACAUUAAUAGACAAGAACAGCUCAAGGACAGAACUACAUAAAAAUGGCACACGUAGCCUACAUAUCAAUACAUACACACAAACUAUCUAGGUCAAAUAGGGGAGAGGCGUUGUGCCGUGAGGUAAUAAGAGGUGUUGCUUUAUCUGUUUUUUGAAACCAGGUUUGCUGUUUAUUUGAGCAAUAUGAGAUGGAACGGAGUUCAAUACUAUAAUGGCUUUAUAUAAUACUGUACGCUUUCUUGAAUUUGUUCUGGAUUUGGGGACUGUGAAAAGACCCCUGGUGGCAUGUCUGGUGUGGUAAGUGUGUGUGUCAGAGCUGUGUGUAAGUUGACUAUGCAAACAAUUUGGGAUUUUCAACACAUUAAUGUUUCUUAUAAAAAGAAGAAGUGAUGCAGUCAGCCUCUACUCAAAUCUUAGCCAAGAGAGACUGGCAUGCAUAGUAUUUAUAUCAGCCGUCUGAUUACAAUGAAGAGCAAGACGUGCCGCUCUGUUUUGGGCCAGCUGCAGCUUAACUAGGUCUUUCCUUGCAGCACUGGACCACACGACUGGACAAUAAUCAAGAUUAGACAAAACUAGAGCCUGCAGAACUUGCUUUUUGGAGUGUGGUGUCAAAAAAGCAGAGCAUCUCUUUAUUACGGACAGACCUGGUAGUUGAGUCUGUUUGCGGCCACUCGUUUGGGGGUGGAGGACAACGGUCCUCUGACUGGGGUAGAAAGUUAUGAAUGACACGUCCGACUGAGUGCUCUGGUGGCUCCCUCAAGUGGUUCGUAAAGAAAACACAUUGAUUUUACAAGCUCAGAUUUCAAAAGAAGUCUGCAGGGCUCAUUAUUGUGGGCCUCGGUUAUUACAAUCGACUUCUACUUUAUGACUUCAAAAUAUCUAUAUAUUGAUACUGCAAUCUAAUCAUCUCCCAAUGUAGAUAUGAAACUUGACAUAGAUUGUUAUUUCAUGUGUGAAAUGCAGCCUAUCCAUGUCUCACAAUGCACAAUAUAGCCUAUCACACAAUGCUUUUCCUAUUAAGGAAGUGGGCCUAUACACAGAUAUUUAUGUAUUCCAUAGAUUAGAACAAACAAUUUUCGAAUAGGCUAUUUAUUUUCCGCAUGGCUUCCCAGCACUGUUUCCCUUAAAAGCAGGCAGAGAUGAAUGGGCCGCUGGAUUGGUGGUAACACCUGCUGUACUAUAAUCAAAGGACCUGUUCUACUGUAGCAGAUAGCUGCCUGCUGAGGCAUGGUAUUGCUCUGAAGAGAAGGGACUCAUCCACAGGCCAGUGGUGGGGUUAUAUGAAUGCAAACUGCUCUCCCUCAGAGAGAGAUGACUGUCCAUUACUUCUCCAGGCUCCAGAACCCAAUCUAUCAACGGAUUUAAAUACCCCAGUUCUAUAUGCAGCCAGCCAGUCAAUAUGCAGGUCCAAUUACCCACAUAAACAACCCAAUGAGAAUGCCAAUCAAAGGAGAGAGAGAAAGAGAGAGAGAGAUGACUGCUACCUGCUGGGAGGAGUGUUAUUCAUCAUGGUUUCUCUCUGAGAAGAAUGUUAUUCAUCAAGGUCUCUCUCUGGGAUGACAUGAAAACAUGUUGAUUACUCCCAGAUGUUGUAACAGUAAUGACGCCACCUGGUGGAAUGAUUAAAGCAUGAUGAAAGGUUGCGAAUUAGUGCAUGUCUGAUCUGAGAGAGCGUGAGGGCGAUGUGUAGAAUAGAUAAAUACAGCCUAGUACCAGACUCCAGACAGAUGUCCAACUGGAGUCAAGUAUUUUUACUUUGUACCAAUACAAUGAGUCAAUUUAGCAAAAUAUUAACCCUGUUUCUGACACAAACACACUCAACCAGUGGUCGAAUCUGAUGAGACUUGGUGUCUCUGUAUCCACAGACACGUGCACGCACACACACACAUAAACACACACACACACACACACGCUCGCUCACGCACACAGACACCUACACACACACGUCGAGGGUAAUGGAUAGUGAAAUAUGUCAGGCAGAAGUGUUUGGUCAAGCUGAAGAGGAGCUCUGUCUCUCUCAGACACACUGUCAGUCUCCUGGCCCUGCAUGGCUCCUGUCCUGUGCCCCUCACAUCAAUCUGUACAAACACAGCUACAGGCCCCUGCGGAGUACAUGCUUGGCCAGAGGGUCACCUCUCUCUCUCGCCCUGGCUGCACAACGCACCAUCCUGUCUCUACUGUUUACGCCAGGGACACACACCUGCGUCUGGGGCCUCAUCCCUCACCCAUCUGUCUGUGUAUACAGACACCAAGUCGCCUCAGAUUCGACCAAUGGUUAAGUGACUGACCAGCAGCCAACUCUUGCCCAUCAGACUCUCUGUCUCUGACCUAACUGACAAACACACACAAUAAUACACCUAUACACGCACAUACACACUUCUUGUUUCUCCUUUUCUCCCUCUCUCAUCCUCACUGUCUCAUUGUCUUCAAUCCCGUACCACUACAAUCAAAUCCUUUCUGGGAGGCAGUUGUCUUACAAAUGGGUUUCCCCUUUUUAAUCCUCUCUUGACAGCAGGUGGCAGAGAUCAGUUGAAAAGAUACAUAUUCUCAAACUCCCUUUGUUACAUGGACAUAGAUUACCUACUGCAAGGUACAUAAUGGUCCAAGUCCAAUUAUAACAGUCCCACAAACCCUAAACUCAACAAAACAAUUAAAUCCAAAACUACAUUGUCAAAGAUGGUACUUCUGAUUGUCAUACUGAUAACGGAGUUGAGAUGCGUUUAGAUAUUGUUGAUCGGACAAGCUGUGUGUCAGGGCUUAUAGUGUCCGUCAAGAAACAGACCAGUACUACCAAACUGGCUCACCUGACAACAGUGGAGGCUGGUGGGAGGAGCUAUUAGGAGGACUGGUUCAUUGUAAUGGCUGGAAUGGAAUUAAUGGAACGGAGUCAAACUUGUGGUUUCCAUAUGCUUGAGCUGUUUGAUACCGUUCCAUUUAUUCCAUUCCAGCCAUUACAAACAGCCCGUCUUCCUAUAGCUCCUCCAACCAGCCUCCACUGCCUGACAAUAACACAGUCUUCACAGAUCAAUCGACCAACCAUUAUACUGUAUCCAACACCGCCUUCAGAGGUGUGAAGACAUGCCUAUUGCCUAUGCCUAUAUUUAUUUAUUUGCGGAUAUAAAUAUACAUUACACACAAUAGUUUUGGAGAUAAACCGUAGUAUACUGGGGGACUAUCCCACAGAUAAGGCCAUUUCCACCAUAAAGCAUGGAAUUCUUCCAUCCAGGCAAUAUGCCUAGGCAGCCAGUCUUCGCUCCCAUUAACCCUUCAUUACUGCUGUUGUUGUUAUUAGGUUGUUGUGGUGACGUUGCCAAGCCUUGAUCCUUGACAUUGUCUGCAGCCUUCUCCACCCUCCUCUGUCACCUUUGACCAUUCUAAACAGAUGACUGGGUUGUGAUUAACGCUGUGGUUUUAAAGGGAUACCGUCACUGGGCUGUUAAAACAUGCAUCUCCCAAGAUGCUCCUGCCACGAGACACUUAAAUAACUCAGCCUUUAGGUCCAACUUUGACCUGUCAAAGUCCUUCAGAGAGAGAGAGAGAGAGAGCGAGAGAGCGAGGAGGUGAGAGGGAACAAGGGAAAGACGGGGAAGAAACAGAUAGAGAUACCAUCUGAACCCUACCUGAGCUCUUCCUCUGGACUGGGACUGGGACUAGAGACAGGAGCAGGUGAGUGAAUGUUCUACUAUUUCUCCUAUUGCUGUGGUCGAUCAAAUUAAUCACAUAUAUAUUAUGUUUAGUGACUUAGCUUUUAAUGCUAAUUAAUGCUAUAUUUAUUAACAUGGUCAAUUCUACUAUUUGCUCAGUAUUUUGAUAUCACAUGUACUGGUUAUCUUAUGUGUGGUGGUGGGCAAUGGCAGGUGUUUAAGAGUGUGACUAUAAUGGACAUAGGUAGCCUAGCGGUUAAGAGUGUUGGGCCAGUAGGUCACUGGAUCGAAUCCCUGAGCCAAAGAAGUGAAAGAUCGGUCGAUGUGUCCUUGAACAAGGCACUUAACCCUAAUUUGUCAUGUAAUUUGCUCAGGAUAAGAGCGUUGGUUAAAUGACUCAAAUGGAAUUAUAAACUGGGUUGUUCGAGCCCUGAAUGCUGAUUGGCUGAAAGCCGUGGUAUAUGAGACCAUAUAGCACGGGUAUGACAAAACAUUUAUUUUUACUGUUCUAAUUACGUUUGUAACCAGUUUAUAAUAGCAAUAAAGCACCUCAGGGGUUUGUGGUAUAUGGCCAAUAUACCACCGCUAUGGGCUGUAUCCAGGCACUCCGCGUUGCGUCGUGCAUUAGAACAGCCCUUAGCCGUGGUAUAUUGGCCAUAUACCACACCCCCUAGUGCCUUAUUGCUUAAACAUAGAGCAACAACAGAGAUAGAGGCACUCCAUAUAACGAUCCAGGAGACUUUAGGGUUACUACUUGACAUGCACCCCCACCCUGAGGAUUCAAACUCAUGGGAUAGGAUCAUGGUUCCACUCAAUGUAGAUGGAGUUUCCUUGCAAUUGUCAUCUUGGGCUAGUUUAUAGGAUUUGAGGACUGCAUCUUCUUCCAGGAAACAAUCUCCCUAAAAACAGUAGUCUACAGUGACUGUGUCACGGAUUAAAUGAUACAAUUUUACAUAUUACUGUGUUUAUCAUAAUCUAACAGUUAGCAAACUGUAGGAACAGACCAAUAUCAGCACACUGCCACACACAGACUUAUACUACACCUUCGCAUUAACACACACACACACGUCUUUCUUUCUCUCUGUGAUAACAGUGUAAUAAACAUUACAAGGAUUCUUACGUUGACAUUCUUUAUUGGGGGGUGAAAUUCACACAUUCCAGUUAAAAGAGCCCUUCGCACCUUCAGCUGGCCCUGGCUGCCGUUAACCAUUAACAACCCAUGGCCACGGGAGAGGUAGCAUAGCAGGUUAACCUUCUUCUGGAGUUAUCAGCACUUUGCUACACUAUUAAAACACGAGUGUAGAUCAUGGUGUUUCUGUGUGCGUGUGCGUGUUUGUGUGUGUGCGAGUUAGUGAUUCACCCAUAAUGGUCAGCAGAAUACACUCUCCAGAGGUCUUUUGUCAGUAAAGUAUCAGUGUAAUUAAUGACAGCCCAACCCUACGCUGACAUAUGUUGUCUCUUAUCUCUACGGGAUAUCUAGUCUUUUAAUCUCUAUGUUUAUAUCCCUGUUAUAUCUCUAUGUGGCCAAUCAGAUUUCUGUUAUGCAAAUGUUCCACUCCACACCCAAUUUACUACAAUUUAUCUGAGGGUGAUGUUGCUGUACAGUACAUACCUAUGAGUUGCUACAGUAUAGCUCACAGGAGGUUGGUGUCACCUUAAUUGGGGAGGACGGGCUCGUGGUAUUGGCUGGAGCGGAAUCAGUGGAAUGGUAUCAAACAAAUGGUUUCUAUGUGUCUGAUGCCAUUCCAUUAGCUCCAUUCCAGCCAUUAUUAUGAGCCGUCCUCCCCUCACCAGCCUCCACUGGUAUAGCUAUAUUUUACAGCACAUUGCGUUAUUAAGGUCAUUUGGCAAGUCUGACAGUGGGGGUGGUUUCAGACAUUGAGAUUAGAUUGAAUGGGGUUUACCACUGAUACACACAGUGGAGUAUUUGAGGGUCAGAAUUAUUAUUUUGUAGAGAAGAGAAAGUAGGUUUGUGUGUGUUAGUACUCUCACAUUCUGGUCUGGAUUACAGGACAUGGCAGGGUAAAAACAGAGGGUGACUGUGCUCACCAGUGUGAUUGUGUGUGUGUGUUCUGUAUUAUAUUCAUACCCUGUGGUCUCUGCUGUUGCAGGACAUGGCUGGGUACAGGCCGAGGGUGAUAGUGCUGAGUAAGAAGCCAGGUCAAAGCUUUGGCUUCUUCUUGAGGGUGGAGCAUGGAGAGGAUGGUCACCUGAUCAGGAACCUGGAGAUGGGCGGGCCGGCCGAGCUGGUGGGUUUGAAGGACGGAGACCGCAUCCUCCGGGUCAACGGAACCUAUGUGGACAAAAUGGACCACUCACGGGUGAGGAGGGGGAGGGGAAAAACUGACAGGGCUAGCAGGUGUCCAAUUCCACAUAACCCCUAGCUCCUCCCCCUUUUUUACUGUAUUGAAAUUAUAAAGGUGUAAGCAAUAUAGUAAUAGUAUGGUAAUAACCUUGUCCGCUGACAUUGUUCACACUUAGCAAGUCCUUUAAAGUGCCUGGGGUAGGGUACCAGUUUUAGUUGGGUAAAUGUGGAAUUACUAGAGAACACAUGUAAGCUAUAACUACUGUUGUAGCACCAUACCAUACUUUGCCCCAUCUCUUUCUCCUGUGCUGUGUGUCCUCUGUUAGGUAGUGGACCUGGUGAAGGAGAGUGGUGCAUCUGUCACCUUCCACAUUCUGGAUGUGGAAUCCUACAAGCAGGCCAAAACUAAUGGGGUGGACCUGUCUGACCCUCACCCCAAACCCACCCAGCCCACCAUGAACAGGGUGGGAGGAGGGGCGCCCAAACCCAAACUCUGCUACCUGGCCAAGUCCAGCGGGGGCUACGGCUUCUCUUUGCGCUCUAUCAAAGAUGAGAGGGGUGGGGCACACACACACACGCACACACACACACACACACACACACACACACACACACACACACACACACACACACACACACACACACACACACACACACACACACACACACACACACACACACAGAUGUAAUCUCUUUGGUUAUCUCUUUGAUUGUGAUAUUGCUGAUAAUAGAGAUGAAACUGACAACAGCAAUUAUUGUCAUCUCUGAGGAUUGUUAUUAAAUUGUUACGCUUGUUGAUCAAGCAACAAAUUAACACAUUAUCUUUGUCUCGUGUGGCGUGGGCCCUUAACAUACAUACCUAUCUUCUGCAUGUCCAAUGAUAGUGAAUUUAGGAUUGCGAUUCUGUUUUAAACUAUAUUUUCUUUCCUCCAUUUCGUGUCCCAGGUGAGGUGGGCAUGUUCAUGACAGAGGUGACCCCAGGGGGUGUGGCUGCGAGGGCAGGGGUCAAGGCCAACGACCGACUGAUAGAGGUCAACGGGGAGAACAUGGAGAAUGCCACUCAUGACCAGAUAGUUGAAAAGGUCAGGGUUCAGUCCUUAUUUACCCUACUCUGUGGUUAACUUUAACUGCAAUUUCUGUCAAAUUAUUCUACAGCCUGUCAACGCAUUUUGUUCACCUAGGACAGUGAUAAUUUGGCAAAUCAGUGAUAAUUCCAUUUGAUUUUCCUGGGCAGCUCAGCCUUGAGGGCAGAAAAAAAUGUGAUUGGUUAAAUUUAGGCAACAUAUGUCAUAAGUCUUUAUUCUACAUGACAGAUAAGAAUGUUUAUUAUUCUUCUGUUAAUUUCUAUCUAAACGUUAUUUAAAAUUGCACCUGCCUGAAUGAGCCCCUGUUGUGACCUCUGUGUCAGGUCAAGGCAUCAGGCUGCAGCAUUAUGUUCCUAUUGGUGGACAAGGACACAGACAGGUUCUACAAGAACAAACAUAUCAGGCUAGGGGUGGGGCUAGCCACAGUGAUGCUCCUUCCACUGAAGCCACGCACCGCAGACUUGGUAAAAGGAUCGGACGGCUAUGGAUACUUCCUAAGGACUGAGCCUAACAAGACAGGUGUGUUUGUUUGUGUGGUGUGUGAAUUUUGAUGCUCAGUAGGUAUCCAAAGAAAAACUUGGUUACACUUUACUUUACUUUUCAUAAGUAUGUAUGAACCCCUUAUGUCUUAUAACAACACAUCUUCUAAUAGCCACAUAGGAUCAUCACUAUUAAACUAUACACCAACAACAAUAGCCAUCUGUCUACAUAAUUUUAUGCAAUAACACCCUGUAAAUAUCAUCCUACCUGCAGGCCACUUCAUCAGGGACAUUGACAGGGGCAGCCCAGCAGAGAGGGCGGGAUUAAAGGAGAUGGACAGGCUGGUUGCCGUGGAGGGAGAGGAAGUGGAUGGAUGCAGCCAUGAGCAGGUGGUGGACAGGAUCAGGCAGUGUGGCAACAAGUGCUGCCUCCUGGUGGUCGAUGAAGACACUGACACGCUCUACAAGAUGGUGAGGGUUCUGGGAUCAAUCUUUCUUUUUGGAUUUAGGAAAUAAAUGUAUGAAAUGACAGUCAUAGGAGUUGGCUAAAGCACAUCGGCCUACACAUCUGGGUCCAUAUUCACAGUGUCUCAGAGUAGGAGUGCUGAUCUAGGAUCAGUUUUGCCUUUUGGAUUGUAAUGAAGCUGGAUCUGAUACUGAUGAGCACAAACUGUUUGAAAACCGUGUGAAAGUAACCGCCCCUUCCGCUUUACUUCCGGAUCAUGUCCACUAAUCUUUUGAAAAGGCUUCACGAUUAUGUUAGAAAAUUCUUGAAAACACGGUCAUUUAAGAUAUAUCCAGCUGUGUUCUAUAAUAUUCUACUGUGUCUUAGUCCAUGCCGCGUUGUCAUUGCUUGUCCUUAUAUGUAUAUGUAUAUGUAUAUAUUCUUAAAUUCCAUUCCUUACAUAGAUUUGCGUGUAUUGGGUAUAUGUUGUGAAAUUGUUAUAUAUUACUUGUUAGAUAUUACUGCACUGUCGGAGCUAGAAGCACAAGCAUUUCGCUACACCCGCAAUAACAUCUGCUAAACACGUGUAUGUGACAAAUAAAAUAUGAUUUGAGUUUUAAUGUCACAUGCACAAGUACAGUGAAAUGCCUUUCUUGCAAACUCAAAACCCAACAAUGCAAUAAAUCAAUAACAAUGUAUUACACAAAAGAAACAUGAGAAAUAAGAAUAGGAAAUAUGAAAUACACAAUAAAGUAAGUAAGUAAGCAUAAUAUAUACAGGAAAUAUUUAAAAAGUCAGAUCCAAUACCAUAUUUACAUGUGCAGGGAUACUGGAGUGAUGGAGGUAGAUAUGUAUAGGGGUAAGGUGACUAGGCAACAGAGUAGCAGCAGCUUGCAUGUGAGUGGGUGUGCGGGGGUGUAGAGUCAGUAUAAAUGUAUGUGCAUAUUAUGUGUGAGUGAGAAAAUGAUAGAGUGAGUGUUUGUGUGUGUGUGUGUGUGUGUGUGUGUAGGGCCCUGUGAGUGUGCAUAGAGACAGUGCAAAGAUUGAAAUAAAAGGUAAAUGAAGAUACAAGGUAAACUCAGAUAGUCCGUGUAGUUAUUUUGUUAGUCGUAUUGCUUGGGGAUAGAAGUUGGAGGAUUAAUUCCUUUUAUAAUGUUUUUGCGCUUUGAAGACCAUUCAAAAAGCCUACUAAAGUUGAAAAACUUUGAGGCUAAGUGGCAGUCAUUUCAUAGUGUAUACAGUCUCAGGAACUGUCCAGAAACCGAAGGGCAGUCAAGAAGACUACUGUAGGUCUGAGAUUAAUUAUGAUCUUCCACAGGGAGGCGUGUCUCCUCUGUUCUACUUGGAAGAGAUGAUGGAAUCCCUCCUUCCAGCAACCCCUCCACCCAGCUACCCAGAGUGUGUGCCAGCCCCAUUCCCAGCCCCAGCUCCAGCCCCAGCCCCAGCCCCAGCCCCAGCCCCAGCCCCAGCUCCAGCCCCAGCCCCAGCCCCAGCCCCAGCCCCAGCCCCAGCUCCAGCCCCAGCCCCAGCUACCACAGACCUCCUCAAGCUGUGUAAGAUGGAGAAGACCUCCGCCGGGUACGGCUUCCACCUCAACGGUAUCCAGGGAGUCUGUGGCCAGUACAUCAAAGAGGUAAGUACAAUGUACAGAGCACCUACCUAUAUCCAACAGGUAGCCUAACAGACAAGAGAAUGCAACCCAAAUACAUGAACUACAAAAGGUUGUCAAUCAGAUAUGGGAAAGAUCAAGGGAACAAAGCACAUGCUAGCAUAACAUUUCGUACUACUGAAACACUCCUGUCAUUCAGCAUCUGUCAACUGUUGUUUACGUUCCAAACCAUUCACAACUCAGCUCACCCCUUGCUGUCUUCUCUGUCAGGUAGUGAAGGGUGGAGCCGCGGACAGGGCUGGUCUGGAGGACGAUGACAUGGUGGUGGAGGUGGACGGUGUGAACGUGGAGCAGAGCAGUCACGAGCAAGUGGUGGGGUUGAUCCGUAAGAGUGGCAGCUCGCUGGUGCUCCUAGUUGCAGGGAAGCAGGCCUACGACCACUUCAAAGCCAAAGGGGUGGCAAUCACUCCUCAGCUCUUCGCCCCCUCGUCCCGAGCCAGGUCCCCAUCCCCAGCCCCGUCCCCGUCCCUAGCACGGAGCCACACACCAGCCCAGAUAGACACCCCAGCCACUCUGGAGGAGGUCGGGGAGGAGGAGGAGGAGGAGGAGGAGGAGGCUGCUAAGCCAGACACCCCGCCGCCCCAGGCACGAGAGAGGGUGAGUGACGUAACAUAAAUGUGUUCCUUGAGUGCCUUGGUGGCUUCUGAACUAGAUCCAAAUUAUCCUGAAUUUACAGAGUUAAACCAAAGUAGUUAAAAGCAAGUUAGUAGCAAUUGUAUUUGCCCACAGUUCUAUUACAGAAAAUGAUUUAACUCUCUUUCUCUCUCCUAGACUCCAUCUGUGUCAUCAGCAGCAUCAUCUUGCCCGAGCGUUGAUGAGAGACUCUGA